AAGUAAAAAAAGAGUAAUUUUUCCCAAGAACGUUUUUCAUCCAUUCUUGUUGAUCCCAAUCGGGUUGCUGAAGAGAGGACUUGUUUGCUCCCACAGUCCCACUAGAAUAGAUUAAUCAGGAUUCUGGAGAGAAAGCCAAAAAAGACUUGGGCAAAAACCAUUUUGCCAAACGAACUCUCUCUGUUCUUCUGGUUCUGGUGACAAAAACAAAAUAUGGCUUUCUCGUCCUGGUUUUCUCGUCUACGUUCCUCCUCAAAGGGCUUCGUUUACUCCAGUAUCCGAAGCUCACGUUUCCAGAAUCUUGAAACUCCAAAAGCACGGGUCACGACGCAUGUCUUCCACUCCAAUAGCUCAAGACUCAGAAACCCAUUCCUGUCCCUGCUUCCUGCGGCCCUUGCAGUCUCAGCUGGAGCACUUGCCCUUCAAUCCCAAUCAAACCCUUCAUUCUGCGACGCUUCUGAUACUAAUGCUAGAGGUGUCAGCUUUGGGGGCCAAGGUAGCACCGAGUUUGUGGUAAAGGGAUCGCACAAGGAACUUCCAAAAGAGCUUAUUGAUGAACUGAAGGCUAUAUGUCAAGAUGACAUUACUAUGGAUUAUGAUGAGAGGUAUAUCCAUGGAAAACCACAAAAUAGCUUUCACAAAGCAGUCAAUAUCCCUGAUGUGGUUGUUUUCCCAAGGUCUGAGGAAGAAGUUUCCAAGAUAGUCAAAUCAUGUGACAAGCAUAAGGUCCCAAUUGUACCAUAUGGUGGAGCUACAUCAAUUGAGGGUCACACCUUGUCUCCAAACGGAGGUGUUUGCAUUGACAUGUCAUUGAUGAAAACUGUUAAAGCAUUACAUAUUGACGACAUGGAUGUGGUUGUUGAGCCUGGGAUUGGAUGGAUGGAGCUUAAUGAAUACCUGGAGCCCCAUGGUCUAUUCUUUCCCCUUGAUCCAGGGCCUGGUGCGACCAUUGGGGGUAUGUGUGCUACACGUUGUUCGGGUUCUUUAGCUGUGAGGUAUGGAACCAUGCGUGAUAAUGUCAUUAAUCUCAAGGUGGUUCUUGCCAAUGGAGAUAUUGUUAAGACAGCAUCUCGUGCUCGAAAGAGUGCUGCAGGGUAUGAUCUGACCCGCCUGAUGAUUGGAAGUGAAGGAACUCUGGGUGUAAUAACAGAAGUCACUCUUCGACUUCAGAAAAUUCCUCAAUACUCAGUGGUUGCAAUGUGUAAUUUCCCUUCAGUUAAGGAUGCAGCAGAUGUUGCUAUAGCCACAAUGCUGUCUGGUAUACAGGUGUCAAGGGUAGAGCUAUUGGAUGAGGUUCAAGUGAGAGCUAUCAAUAUAGCUAAUGGAAAAAAUUUGCCUGAAAGUCCUACCUUAAUGUUUGAAUUUAUAGGCACAGAGGCAUAUUCACGUGAGCAAACACAAAUUGUUCAGAAGAUUGUUGCAGAGCACAAUGGCUCAGAUUUUGUAUUUGCAGAAGACCCUGAUGAUAAAAAGGAGCUUUGGAAGCUAAGGAAGGAGGCACUCUGGGCUUGCUUUGCAUUGGAACCUAAUUUUGAGGCAAUGAUAUCGGAUGUAUGCGUUCCUCUCUCGCGCCUUGCAGAUUUAAUAUCAAGGUCCAAACGAGAGCUCAAUGCAUCACCACUUGUCUGCACAGUUAUUGCUCAUGCUGGUGAUGGAAAUUUCCACACAGUGAUUCUGUUUGAUCCUAACAUAGAAGAACAUCGGCGGGAAGCAGAGAGACUUAACCAAUUUAUGGUCUAUACCGCAUUGUCAAUGGACGGAACAUGUACCGGUGAACAUGGUGUUGGUACAGGGAAAAUGAAGUAUCUUGAGAAAGAGCUGGGAAUGGAGGCUCUGAGGACCAUGAAAAGAAUAAAGGCUGCAUUAGAUCCCAACAAUAUUAUGAAUCCAGGAAAGCUCAUUCCUCCCCAUGUUUGUUUCUAAGAGCUUCCCCUUUUGAAUGUUGCACCUACUGGAGUGGUAUCUGCUUUGUAUUUGAGCUACUGCAUCAGGCCUUGCACAACAUAACUCCCUAUCCUCCUUCAAUGUCCGUUUGGUAUUGACAAAAGUAAAUUAAGAAUUGUAAUUUUGCACCCUUCAAUUUUCUCGAUUUACCCUUCUAUAUUUCUGGAGGAAAAAGUUUGAAGGAGAAAAUUUCAAGUUAAUAAAUAAACUAGUGGAGAUGUGGAACAAUUAAGUAAAGGAAAUUCCAUGGAAUGGUUAACCUACUUUAAAAGGCUUCAAA